AUGCAUGAAGGAAGGUUCAAUUAUGAAGAUAAAGAGAGUCAAAAGACAGAUCCGCAUAUUAGUACAACUGUUCUGAAUGCAUUAAUAUACGAAUAUUUAAUAAAGAGAAAUUAUGCAGGAUCAGCAAAAGUGUUUAAAGUAGAAGGAGAUAUCAGCAAUAUAAAUAUAACACAAGGAUCAAGUGCACUACUAGAUUGGUUUGUAGCAUUCAAUGACCUGUACAAUGUAAGAAGUGGCAGAAGUAAGCCAGCCGGGAUAACAGGCAAGAUUGACACAAUCCUGGGGAAGCCACAAAAAGAAGAAACAAGAAAGGAGUACAAGCCAAGGACAGUGGCAAGUCACCCGAACCCAAUGCACAUCCCAAGUCACACUCCAAACCCAAAUGGAAUCAACAACACAGCAGGAAAUAAUCAUGCUUGGUACAGGAAGGAAGGAGACAUUCUGAAUAGUAUCCUGGAGAUUGACGACCCACAGGAAUAUAGAAAUAAUGAUGGGAGACCAAUAGACAGAAGUACAAAUGAAAAAGCAAGAAAUAGAAGUCACACCACAGGACCAAUGAUGAAGGAAAUAACAAACCUAAGGCUUCAUACUCAAAAAAUCAACAGUAUGACAAUAUGUCAUAGGCAUAAGAUACUGAUAACAGGAGGAAUGGAUGCAUCAAUAUGCGUAGUAGACUUAGUUAAUAUGAGUGAUGUAAUUAAGUUUGAGUCUCAUACGAUGCAAAUCUCCCAAGUGAAAAUUAAAGAAAACACAAAUUCAGUUGAACCUGUAUUAUACUUCGGGAGUGCAUCGUUGGACAGAGAAGCAAAAGUGUACAAAGUCACAAGAGAGAAUGGAAAGUUGAAUGUCUCUUUGUUUUUGUGCCUAAAAGGACACAAGUCAUCCGUAAAGGCAAUUGACUUUGGAGUCUCCAAAGUGUACACCAUGGGGAUAGAUGGUGAACUAAGGAUAUGGGGCAUGGAUGGAGUCUGUCUAGGGGCAUUUGCCCUCAGAAGGACAGUUAAAAUGAUGAUAACCAGGAGUGACAGCAUAAUUGCAGUCUGUGAUGUAAAUUCAAUCUCACUCUUCAACCCAGAGAGUGCUGCCUACAUAAAGGACAUCAGUAACAAAGGCGCAGUAGCUGCAUAUAAGACAGCCAGUAAUAGCAUAUUCGUUGUAAAUGAUGGAGUAAUUAUCUAUGAUAAAUCAUUCUUCACACAAACAAUGAUCCCAUUCCCUUCAGAUAAAAUUCAAUCAGUCUGUGCCAUCUCAGGAAGACUCUUCCUAGGGGGUUACCAAAUGGUAUACGAGGUACAAGAUAAAAAUGUCUACAAAAUGCAAAUGUACGAUGGAAUGGUCACAGCCAUGGAGGGAACCAUAAUAGGCAACAGGGCAAUACUCCUGACAGGCGGACAAAAUGGAGAAGUUAAAGUAUGGGAAGUUCCAGAGAGACCAGACAAGUAA